AUGUAUCGAGCUAGAUCACCUGAAGGUCAAGGUUCGUUUUUUGGAACAAUUGGUGGUCCAGUAUUUGAUUUGGAUCCAAGUAAACAAAAAUAUCGUGAUAUAGAAAAACCACCACCAGAAAAAACCAAUUUCAAAAUUAAUCCAUCAAAAAAAGGAACUGGCUAUGGUUAUCCAAAUUUAGGUAUUGAAAAAGAUCCUCCAUAUACAUAUAAAGAUAAAACAGAUAAUUAUGAUGCACCAUUAGAAGCACAACGAAAAGAUUUUAAUCAUCAUAAAUCGGCUUUGAAAGCUGGUGUAUUUAGAUUAAAUAUGCAUCCAAAAGCUUAUUUUGAUCGUAAUCCAUUUGGUGGUGAUGGUAAAUUUGUUAAAAGCCGUGGUGAACCUAAAGAACGCUCCAAAUCCGCACCAUCUGAUAGAAAACCAUUUAAAUAUAGUUCACCUCCUAAAUCGAUCGGUGGUAAUAAAGAUGGUUGUUUUGAGAAAUUUCCUAAACGUAGUGAAAAAGAUCCAUAUGCUGUGAGCACAUUGUAUACUCAAGUUAAAAAUGAAACUAACAAAGAUGGUAAAACAUAUUAUCCAAAUAAAUUUCCUAAAUCACGUCCAACCGAUUCCGUCAUGCAUCAAAAUGUUAAAUUACAAAUUAAUCGACAAAAUUAUAAACAAGCGCUACAAACAUAUUCAGGAUUUCAAUUUCCACAACGACGAGCUUCUACUGCUCAUUAG